AUGGUCUCAACAAUGCUUCUCAGUCUGUUGACUGCCGCGCCACUCAUCACCGCAUCACCGUUGAACAAGAAGGCAGUAAUUGACGAUUGCCUGUCCGCAGCCAGCGUCCCAUACAACGAGAAAGGCAGCUCUGAGUGGGAAGCAGAUGGAUCUCCGUUCAACGUCAGGAUACCAUACGUCCCGGUUUCCAUCGCCGUCCCCCUCACUACAGAACACAUCCAAGCCGCGAUCAAGUGCGGUCGAGACAAUGGUGUCAAAGUGACACCAAAAUGCGGUGGCCACAGCUAUGCCAACUUCGGCUUCGGUGGUGAAGAUGGCCAUCUCAUGUUAGAGCUCGACCACAUGUACAACGUCACCCUUAACAACGCCACCGGUAUUGCGACGGUCCAGGCUGGAUCCCGUCUUGGGCACGUCGCGAGCGAGCUGUACAAGCAGGGCGGCAAGGCGAUCAGCCAUGGAACAUGUCCAGGAGUCGGCAGUGCAGGCCAUGUUCUCCACGGUGGGUACGGAAUGAGCUCUCAUACCAAGGGCCUUGCCCUCGACUGGCUCGUCGGAGCGAAAGUCGUUUUGGCCAACAGCACCGUUGUUAUCGCUUCCGAAACUGAAAAUGCGGACCUUUUCUGGGCGCUCAAGGGAGCCGGCAGCUCCCUCGGAGUUGCAACCGAGUUCUACUUCAAGACCUUCGAUGCGCCCCAGCAAGCCACAAACUUCCUUGCCGUUCUGCAGUGGGAUGCUCAAAAGUCUAUCGAUGGGUUUAAGGUGCUGCAGGAUUGGGCGGAAGAAGACAUGCCGAGGGAGCUCAACAUGCGGCUUUUCAUCACUCCACGUUUUACCAACCUGGAAGGGAUGUUCUACGGAAACAAGACUGGGUUGCAGGCUAUCCUAGACCCGUUGCUUACAAAAUCGGGAGGCAAGUUGACGACAUCUCAGACCACUGAUUGGGUCGGAAACUUGCAACACUUCGGAAACGGCCUAGCACUUGAUCAGAAAGACACAUACAAGAAGGCCAAGAACUUUUAUUCUAGCAGUCUGUAUACAGACAAACUCUCCGACGCCCAGAUUGAGUCUUUCGUCAACUACUGGUAUGGCGCCGGCAAAGCCUUGAAGCGAGAUUGGUGGGUGCAAGUCGACCUUCAUGGAGGCAAGAACUCGGCAAUCACCGCCAUUCCCGCCAACUCUUCUGCGUACGCUCAUCGCAAUAAGUUGCUGCUGUAUCAGUUCUAUGACAGAGUCGAUUUGUCGGCGACAUACCCGGAAGAUGGUUUCUCAUUUCUUCAGGGCUUUAGAGCGAACACCACUCUUGGCAUGGAGCCGGAGGAACAGGGUAUGUACUUUAACUAUCCUGAUCCAAACAUGAGACAGGAUGAGGCGCAAACGAAGUACUGGGGCGACAACUUGGCCAGAUUGCAGGCGAUUAAAGCUGCUUUUGAUCCGACCGAAGUCUUCUACUUUCCACAGAGCGUGCGACCGGCAACUCCUGUUGAGCACUGA